AUGGGCACAACGGACACUUCGUUGAUCACACCACAACAGCACACGUCAUCGUCAAAUACCUCUGUGGUUUCCAUUACUGAACAAACGACACAAGAAGAUAAUACAAACCAGUCAGAAAGACAGAAAGAGAUGUUAAACAACACAUCCGCAUCUUUCACAACCUACUCUGCUGUAUCAGACGAUAUGUGUACCCAACUAAAGGAAAGCAGGUUGCAAAAAUUAGAUAUCACUAAGAUCUUAGAAACCGAUAUAAAUGAAGCUUCGAAAAAUUGGGAUACAGUAUACCAAACACUCUUCGGUGAAACAUCGUCAAGUGAUGCUAAUGGGCUUACACACGAACUCCCACUCAAUCCUGACAUAGACAAGGUGGAUGAUGAAGGAUACACACCACUGUACAAGGCAGCUUUAGAGGGUAAACUCAAUGAGGUUGAGGAUCUGAUGUCACAAGGAUCAAACCUAGAGUCACCCAGCGAGGGUGGACUUCAGCCUCUUCAUGUAGCAGCUAGAGAAGGGCAUGCAGAUAUUGUGGAUUGCCUCAUCCUGCACGGAUUGGAUCCUAGUGUCGAAUGUGAAAUGGGUCAAACACCUCUUCAUACCGCAGCAGUAAAUGGGCACACCUGCAUCAUAGAAAGACUUAUCGCAGAAGGGUCGGAUGUUAACAAAGUUGAUACAAAGGGUUGGACACCAUUCGAUGCUGCUAUCCAAUACGGUCAUCUAGAAGCUGUCAAAUAUCUCUUAGAGAAAGGAGCCAAGCAGAACAGAUAUGACAUGUAUGAUGGAAUGACCCCACUCUAUGCUGCAGCUCAAUUCGGUCACCUAGAUAUUGUAAAAUUCUUCAUUUCUCAUGGCGCUGAUGUGAAUGAAGUUGACGAUAAUGGGGUGAUUCCUCUUCAUGGUGCUGCUAGUGGAGGCCAUCUAGAUAUCAUGGAGUAUCUCACUAAGUUAGGGUCAGAUGUGAACAAAGCUAAUCCAAAGGGUUGGACACCAUUCAAUGCUGCUAUUCAAGGAGGUCAUUUAGAAGCUGUCAAAUAUCUCACGGAUAAAGGAGGCAAGCAGAACAGAUAUGAUGGAAUGACCCCACUCUAUUUUGCAGCUCAAUACGGCAAUUUCGAUAUCGUCGAAUACUUCAUUUCAUAUGGAGCUGAUGUGAAUGAAGAAAAUGAAAGUGGGAGGAUUCCUCUUCACGGUGCUGCUAUCAGUGGUAAUAUGAAGAUCAUGAAGUAUUUCAUUCAAGAAGGGUCAGAUGUGAACAAAGCCGAUCCAAAGGGAUGGACACCAUUCAAUGCUGCUAUUCAAUACGGUCAUCUAGAAGCUGUAAAAUAUCUCAUAGAAAAGGGAACCAAGCAGAACAGGUAUGAUGAGAUGACUUCACUCUAUGCUGCAGCUGAAUUCGGUCGUCUAGAUAUUGUGGAAUACUUCAUUUCUAAAGGCGCUGAUGUGAAUGAUGACAAUGAUAAUGGGAGGAUUCCUCUUCACGGUGCUGCUAUCAGUGGUAACAUGAAAAUCAUGGAGUAUCUCAUUCAAGAAGGAGCAGAUGUAAACAAGGGUGAUCCAAAGGGUUGGACACCAUUCAAUGCUGCUAUUCAAUACGGUAAACUAGAAGAUGUCAAAUAUCUCAUAAAUAACAGAGCCAAUCAGAACAGGUAUGGUGGAAUGACCCCACUUUAUGCUGCAGCUCAAUUUGGUCAUUUAGAUACUGUGAAAUUCUUCAUUUCUAAAGGCGCUGAUCUGAACGAAGCUGACGAUAAUGGGAUGAUUCCUCUUCAUGGUGCUGCUAGUGGAGGCCAUCUAGAUAUCAUGGAGUAUCUCACUGAGUUAGGGUCAGAUGUGAACAAAGCUGAUCCAAAGGGUUGGACACCAUUCAAUGCUGCCAUUCAAUACGGCCAUCUAAAAGCUGUCAAAUAUCUCAUAGAAAAAGGAGCCAAGCAGAACAGGUAUGGUGGAACGACCCCUCUCUAUUUUGCAGCUCAAUGCAGUCAUUUGGAUAUCGUGGAAUACUUCAUUUAUAAUGGCGCUGAUGUGAAUAAUGAAAAUGAUAAUGGGAAGGUCUCAUUACAUGGAGCUGCUUUCAACGGUGACAUGAAGAUCAUGGAAUAUCUCAUUGAACAAGGCUCUGAUGUGGACAAGGCUGAUCAAAAGGGUUGGACAGCAUUCAAUGCUGCUAUUCAAUACGGCCACCUAGAAGCUGUCAAAUAUCUCAUCGAUAAAGGAGCCAAGCAGAACAGAUAUGAUGGAAUGACCCCACUCUAUGCUGCAGCUACAUUUGGUCAAUUAGAUAUCGUUAAAUUCUUUAUUUCCAAUGGCGCUGAUGUGAAUGAAGUACAUGAUAAUGGGAGAAUUCCCCUACACGGGACUGCUAUUAACGGUAAUAUGAAGAUCAUGGAAUAUCUCAUUCAACAAGGGUCUGAUGUGAACAAGGCUGAUCUAGAGGGUUGGACACCAAUCAAUACUGCUAUUCAAUACGGUCAUCUAGUAGCUGUAAAAUAUCUCUUGGAUAAAGGAACCAAGCAAAACAGGUAUUAUGGAAUGACCCCACUCUAUGCUGCUGCUGAAUUUGGUCAUUUAGAUAUCAUGAAAUUCUUCAUUUCUAAUGGUGCUGAUGUGAAUGAAGAAAAUGAUAAUGGGACGAUCCCAUUACAUGCAGCUGCUAUCAACGGUAACAUGGAUAUCAUGAAAUAUCUCAUCCAACAAGGUUCAGAUGUGGACAAGGCUUGCUGUAAGGGUUGGACACCAAUCAAUGCUGCCAUUCAAUAUGGUCAUCUAGAAGCUGUUAAAUAUCUCAUCGAUAAAGGAGCCAAGCAGAACAGGUGUAGUGGAAUGACUCCACUCUAUGCUGCAGCUCAAUUCGGUCAUUUCGAUAUCGUGAAAUUCUUCAUUUCUAAUGGAGCUGAUGUGAAUGAAGAACAUGAUAAUGGGAGUAUUCCCCUACACGGGACUGCUAUUAACGGUAAUAUGAAGAUCAUGGAAUAUCUCAUUCAACAAGGGUCUGAUGUGAACAAGGCUGAUCUAGAGGGUUGGACACCUUUCAAUGCUGCUAUCCAAUGCGGUCAUCUAGAUGCUGUCAAUUAUCUCAUAGAUAAAGGAGCCAAGGAGAACAGGUAUGAUGGAGCGACCCCUCUCUACAUUGCAGCUCAAUGCGGUCAUUCAGAUAUCGUGAAUUUCUUCAUUUCCAAUGGCGCUGAUGUGAAUGAAGAACAUGAAAAGGGAAUGAUUCCUCUUCAUGGUGCUACUAGCGGAGGCCAUCUACAUAUCAUAGAGUAUAUCACUGAGUUAGGGUCAGAUGUGAACAAAGCUAAUCCAAAGGGUUGGACACCAUUCAAUGCUGCUAUCCAAUACGGUCAUCUAGAAGCUGUCAAAUACCUCAUAGAUAAAGGUGCCAAGCAGAACAGGUAUGAUGGAAUGACACCACUCUAUACUGCAGCUCAAUUCGGUCAUUUAGAUAUCGUGGAAUUCUUGAUUUCUAAUGGUGCUGAUGUGAAUGAAGAACAUGAUAAUGGGAGUAUUCCCCUACACGGGACUGCUAUUAACGGUAAUAUGAAGAUCAUGGAAUAUCUCAUUCAACAAGGGUCUGAUGUGAACAAGGCUGAUCUAGAGGGUUGGACACCAUUCAAUACUGCUAUCCAAUACGGUCAUCUAGAUGCUGUCAAUUAUCUCAUAGAUAAAGGAGCCAAGCAGAACAGGUAUGAUGGAGCGACCCCUCUCUACAUUGCCGCUCAAUUCAGUCAUUUAGAUAUCGUGAAAUUCUUCAUUUCUAAUGGUGCUGAUGUGAAUGAAGAAAAUGAUAAUGGGAAGAUUCCAUUACAUUCAGCUGCUAUCAACGGUAACAUGGAUAUCAUGAAAUAUCUCAUCCAACAAGGUUCAGAUGUGAACAAGGCUUGCUGUAAGGGUUGGACACCAAUCAAUGCUGCCAUUCAAUAUGGCCAUCUAGAAGCUGUCAAAUAUCUCAUGGAUAAUGGAGCCAAGCAAAACAGGUAUGAUGGAAUGACCCCACUCUAUGCUGCUGCUGAAUUUGGUCAUUUAGAUAUCGUGAAAUUCUUCAUUUCCAACGACGCUGAUGUAAAUGAAGAACAUGAAAAGGGGAUGAUUCCUCUUCAUGGUGCUGCUAGUGGAGGCCAUCUAGAUACCAUGGAGUAUCUCACUAAGUUAGGGUCAGAUGUGAACAAAGCUAAUCCAAAGGGUUGGACACCAUUCAAUGCUGCUAUCCAAUACGGUCAUCUAGAAGCUGUCAAAUAUCUCACAGAUGGAGGUGCCAAGCAGAACAGGUAUGAUGGAAUGACACCACUCUAUACUGCAGCUCAAUUCGGUCAUUUAGAUAUCGUGAAUUUCUUCAUUUUCAAUGGUGCUGAUGUGAAUGAAGAAAAUGAUAAUGGGAAGAUUCCUCUUCAUGGUGCUGCUAGUGGAGGCCAUCUAGAUAUCAUAGAGUAUAUCACUGAGUUAGGGUCAGAUGUGAACAAAGCUAAUCCAAAGGGUUGGACACCUUUCAAUGCUGCUAUCCAAUGCGGUCAUCUAGAUGCUGUCAAAUAUCUCAUAGAUAAAGGAGCCAAGCAGAACAGGUAUGAUGGAGCGACCCCUCUCUACAUUGCAGCUCAAUGCGGUCAUUCAGAUAUCGUGAAUUUCUUCAUUUCUAAUGACGCUGAUGUGAAUGAAGAAAAUGAUAAUGGGACGAUCCUAUUACAUGCAGCUGCUAUCAACGGUAACAUGGAUAUCAUGAAAUAUCUCAUCCAACAAGGUUCAGAUGUGAACAAGGCUUGCUGUAAGGGUUGGACACCAAUCAAUGCUGCCAUUCAAUAUGGCCAUCUAGAAUCUGUUAAAUAUCUCAUCGAUAAAGGAGCCAAGCAGAACAGAGUUGAUGGAAUGACCCCACUAUAUGCUGCAGCACGAUUUGGUCGUUUAGAUAUCGUGAAAUACUUCAUUUCUAAUGGAGCUGAUGUGAAUGAAGAAAAUGAUAAUGGGAGAAUUCCCCUACACGGGACUGCUAUUAACGGUAAUAUGAAGAUUAUGGAAUAUCUCAUUCAACAAGGGUCUGAUGUGAACAUGGCUGAUCUAGAGGGUUGGACACCAUUCAAUACUGCUAUUCAAUACGGUCAUCUAGAAGCUGUCAAAUAUUUCAUAGAAAUAGGAGCAAAGCAGAACAGAGAUGAUGGAAGGACCCCUCUCUAUGCUGCAGCUCGAUUCGGUCAUUUCGAUAUCGUAAAAUACUUCAUUUCAAAUGGAGCUGAUGUGAAUAAUGAAAAUGAUAAUGGGAAGGUCUCAUUACAUGGAGCUGCUUUCAACGGUAAUAUGAAGAUCAUGGAAUAUCUCAUUGAACAAGGCUCUGAUGUGGACAAGGCUGAUCAAAAGGGUUGGACCCCAUUCAAUGCUGCUAUUCAAUUUGGUCAUCUAGAAGUUAUCAAAUAUCUCAUAGAUAAAGGAGCCAAGCAGAACAGAUAUGAGGGAAGGACCCCUCUCUAUGCUGCAGCUCGAUUCGGUCAUUUCGAUAUCGUGGAAUACUUCAUUUCAAAUGGAGCUGAUGUGAAUAAUGAAAAUUAUAAUGGGAAGGUCUCAUUACAUGGAGCUGCUUUCAACGGUAACAUGAAGAUCAUGGAAUAUCUCAUUGAACAAGGCUCUGAUGUGGACAAGGCUGAUCAAAAGGGUUGGACAGCAUUCAAUGCUGCUAUUCAAUACGGCCACCUAGAAGCUGCCAAAUAUCUCAUCGAUAAAGGAGCCAAGCAGAACAGAUAUGAUGGAAUGACCCCACUCUAUGCUGCAGCUACAUUUGGUCAAUUAGAUAUCGUUAAAUUCUUUAUUUCCAAUGGCGCUGAUGUGAAUGAAGUACAUGAUAAUGGGAGAAUUCCCCUACACGGGACUGCUAUUAACGGUAAUAUGAAGAUCAUGGAAUAUCUCAUUCAACAAGGGUCUGAUGUGAACAAGGCUGAUCUAGAGGGUUGGACACCAAUCAAUACUGCUAUUCAAUACGGUCAUCUAGUAGCUGUAAAAUAUCUCAUGGAUAAAGGAACCAAGCAAAACAGGUAUUAUGGAAUGACCCCACUCUAUGCUGCUGCUGAAUUUGGUCAUUUAGAUAUCAUGAAAUUCUUCAUUUCUAAUGGUGCUGAUGUGAAUGAAGAAAAUGAUAAUGGGACGAUCCCAUUACAUGCAGCUGCUAUCAACCGUAACAUGGAUAUCAUGAAAUAUCUCAUCCAACAAGGUUCAGAUGUGGACAAGGCUUGCUGUAAGGGUUGGACACCAAUCAAUGCUGCCAUUCAAUAUGGUCAUCUAGAAGCUGUUAAAUAUCUCAUCGAUAAAGGAGCCAAGCAGAACAGGUGUAGUGGAAUGACUCCACUCUAUGCUGCAGCUCAAUUCGGUCAUUUCGAUAUCGUGAAAUUCUUCAUUUCUAAUGGAGCUGAUGUGAAUGAAGAACAUGAUAAUGGGAGUAUUCCCCUACACGGGACUGCUAUUAACGGUAAUAUGAAGAUCAUGGAAUAUCUCAUUCAACAAGGGUCUGAUGUGAACAAGGCUGAUCUAGAGGGUUGGACACCUUUCAAUGCUGCUAUCCAAUGCGGUCAUCUAGAUGCUGUCAAUUAUCUCAUAGAUAAAGGAGCCAAGGAGAACAGGUAUGAUGGAGCGACCCCUCUCUACAUUGCAGCUCAAUGCGGUCAUUCAGAUAUCGUGAAUUUCUUCAUUUCCAAUGGCGCUGAUGUGAAUGAAGAACAUGAAAAGGGAAUGAUUCCUCUUCAUGGUGCUACUAGCGGAGGCCAUCUACAUAUCAUAGAGUAUAUCACUGAGUUAGGGUCAGAUGUGAACAAAGCUAAUCCAAAGGGUUGGACACCAUUCAAUGCUGCUAUCCAAUACGGUCAUCUAGAAGCUGUCAAAUACCUCAUAGAUAAAGGUGCCAAGCAGAACAGGUAUGAUGGAAUGACACCACUCUAUACUGCAGCUCAAUUCGGUCAUUUAGAUAUCGUGGAAUUCUUGAUUUCUAAUGGUGCUGAUGUGAAUGAAGAACAUGAUAAUGGGAGUAUUCCCCUACACGGGACUGCUAUUAACGGUAAUAUGAAGAUCAUGGAAUAUCUCAUUCAACAAGGGUCUGAUGUGAACAAGGCUGAUCUAGAGGGUUGGACACCAUUCAAUACUGCUAUCCAAUACGGUCAUCUAGAUGCUGUCAAUUAUCUCAUAGAUAAAGGAGCCAAGCAGAACAGGUAUGAUGGAGCGACCCCUCUCUACAUUGCCGCUCAAUUCAGUCAUUUAGAUAUCGUGAAAUUCUUCAUUUCUAAUGGUGCUGAUGUGAAUGAAGAAAAUGAUAAUGGGAAGAUUCCAUUACAUUCAGCUGCUAUCAACGGUAACAUGGAUAUCAUGAAAUAUCUCAUCCAACAAGGUUCAGAUGUGAACAAGGCUUGCUGUAAGGGUUGGACACCAAUCAAUGCUGCCAUUCAAUAUGGUCAUCUAGAAGCUGUCAAAUAUCUCAUGGAUAAUGGAGCCAAGCAAAACAGAUAUGAUGGAAUGACCCCACUCUAUGCUGCUGCUGAAUUUGGUCAUUUAGAUAUCGUGAAAUUCUUCAUUUCCAACGACGCUGAUGUAAAUGAAGAACAUGAAAAGGGGAUGAUUCCUCUUCAUGGUGCUGCUAGUGGAGGCCAUCUAGAUACCAUGGAGUAUCUCACUAAGUUAGGGUCAGAUGUGAACAAAGCUAAUCCAAAGGGUUGGACACCAUUCAAUGCUGCUAUCCAAUACGGUCAUCUAGAAGCUGUCAAAUAUCUCACAGAUGGAGGUGCCAAGCAGAACAGGUAUGAUGGAAUGACACCACUCUAUACUGCAGCUCAAUUCGGUCAUUUAGAUAUCGUGAAUUUCUUCAUUUUCAAUGGUGCUGAUGUGAAUGAAGAAAAUGAUAAUGGGAAGAUUCCUCUUCAUGGUGCUGCUAGUGGAGGCCAUCUAGAUAUCAUAGAGUAUAUCACUGAGUUAGGGUCAGAUGUGAACAAAGCUAAUCCAAAGGGUUGGACACCUUUCAAUGCUGCUAUCCAAUGCGGUCAUCUAGAUGCUGUCAAAUAUCUCAUAGAUAAAGGAGCCAAGCAGAACAGGAGCCAAGCAGAACAGAGUUGA